AACACUGAAAUCAAACUUAAGUUCAAUCAGCCAGAACAGAAACUAUGAAGUAAAGAACCCCGGUAAGGCUAAUGUAGUUGGGAAAUUCUUCCUCCAUGCAAAGCAUGAGGAGUUUCACAAUGAAAGUAAGCUUCCUGAAUGUGGAAUUCCUAUGAACACAAAUUCUCAGAUCAUUACGUGUCUAGGAACUCAACAGAUAAAUAAACAUCAUGUUUGCACUGUAUGUGGGAAAGCCUUCAUCAAGAAGUCCCGCCUCAUCGAUCAUCAGAGAGUUCACACAGGAGAAAAACCCCACGGAUGCAGUGUAUGUGGGAAAGCUUUCUCUAGAAAGUCUAGACUCACUGAACACCAGAAAACCCACAUAGGAGAGAAACGGUAUGCAUGCAUUGAGUGCGACAAAGUCUUCCCUAAGAAGUCACGGCUGCUUAUCCAUCAAAAAACUCAUACAGGUGAGAAGCCCUACGUAUGUGACGAUUGUGGAAAAGGCUUUGUCAAGAAGUCUCGGCUCAUUAAUCAUCAGAGAGUUCAUACAGGAGAGAAACCUCAUGGGUGCAGCCUGUGUGACAAAGCAUUCUCCAGGAAGUCCAGGCUCAUGGAACACCAGAGAACUCACACGGGAGAAAAACCUUAUGAAUGCACGGAAUGUGACAAAGCCUUCCGCUGGAAAUCGCAGCUCAACGCACACCAGAAAACUCACACAGGGGAGAAAUCAUAUAUAUGUAGCGAUUGUGGAAAGGGCUUCAUUCAGAAGGGCAAUCUCAUUGUACAUCAGCGAACUCACACUGGAGAGAAACCCUAUGUAUGCACUGAAUGUGGGAAAGGCUUCAUCCAGAAGGGCAAUCUCCUGAUACAUCAGCGAACUCACACUGGAGAGAAACCCUAUGUAUGCACUGAAUGUGGGAAAGGCUUCAGCCAGAAAACCUGCCUCAUCUCACAUCAGAGAUUUCACACUGGAAAGACUCCCUUUGUAUGUACCGAAUGUGGAAAAUCCUGUUCACACAAGUCGGGUCUCAUUAACCACCGGAGAAUUCACACAGGAGAGAAACCCUACACGUGUAAUGACUGUGGGAAAGCGUUCAGGGAUAAGUCAUGUCUCAACAGACACCGGAGAAUUCACACAGGAGAGAGACCCUAUGCCCAUAUAUGCAGUGAAUGUGGGAAAGCCUUUGUUAAGAAGUCUCAGCUCACUGAUCAUCAGAGAGUUCAUACAGGAGAGAAACCUUAUGGAUGCAGUCUGUGUGCAAAAGUAUUCUCCCGGAAGUCCAGGCUCAAUGAACAUCAGAGAAUUCACGAGAGAGAGAAAUCUUUUAUAUGCAGUGAUUGUGGAAAAGUCUUCACCACGAAGAGCCGUCUGAUUGAACACCAGCGAACUCACACAGGAGAGAAACCUUACGUAUGCAGUGACUGUGGAAAAGGCUUCCCAGGGAAACGUAAUCUCAUCUUACAUCAGCGAAAUCAUACUGGAGAGAAAUGCUAUGUAUGUAGUGAAUGUGGAAAAGGCUUCACUGGAAAGAGCAUGCUCACUAUACACCAGCGAACUCACACCGGAGAGAAACCCUACAUCUGCAGUGAAUGUGGGAAAGGCUUUACCACAAAGCACUAUGUCAUCAUCCACCAACGGAAUCAUACAGGAGAGAAACCCUACAUAUGCAAUGAAUGUGGGAAGGGUUUCAUCAUGAAGAGCCGUCUGACUGAACAUCAGCGAAUUCAUACAGGAGAGAAGCCGUAUGUGUGCAAUGAAUGUGGAAAAGGCUUUCCCAGAAAGGGUAAUCUGAUUGUACAUCAGAAGACUCAUACAGUAGAGAAAUCCUAUGUAUGUAGUGAAUGUGGAAAAGGCUUCACUGUGAAGAGCAUGCUUACCAUACACCAACGAACUCACACUGGAGAGAAACCCUACAUCUGCAGUGAGUGUGGGAAAGGCUUCCCAUUAAAGAGUCGGCUGGUCGUGCAUCAGCGAACACAUACUGGUGAAAAACCUUACCGAUGCAGUGAAUGUGGGAAAGGCUUCAUUGUGAACAGUGGACUGAUGUUACAUCAGCGAACUCACACUGGAGAGAAACCCUAUAAAUGCAAUAAAUGUGGAAAAGAGUUUGCCUUUAAGAGCAAUCUUGUGGUACAUCAGCGAACGCAUACCGGAGAGAAACCCUUUACAUGCAGUGAGUGUGGAAAAGGUUUCACCAUGAAGCGCUAUCUCAUCGUACAUCAACAAAUUCAUAUGGGAGAGAAGUCCUGUAUAUGCAGUGAAUGUGGAAUAGGUUUUGUCAUGGAAACAGAGCUCAUUUUACAUCAGCAGAUUCAUACUGGAGAGAAACCUUAUGCCUGCAGUGAAUGUGGCAAAGGCUUCACUGUGAAAAGCCGUCUAGUGGUUCAUCAGCGGACUCAUACAGGAGAGAAACCUUUUGUAUGCAGUGAUUGUGGAAAAGGCUUCUCCUCAAAAAGGAAUCUCCUUGUACAUCAAAGAACUCAUAAUGGAAACAAACCAUAAAAGUGACGACUAUGAUCACAACUACAGGAAGAAAAUAUGCUUUGUCCAACAUCAGAGAUUUCUAACCUUUAUAUAUACUGACUGUGGAAAAUCCUAUUCAGCAUUGGUAUUGGUCUCAUUACCCACCAGAAAAUUUACACAGGAGACAAACUGUAUGUAUGCAAUUAACGUGAGAAAGCAUUCAACACAAAUUCAACACUCACUGUACCUCAAAAGAACUCAUACAAGAGAUAGACUAUGAAACCAGUGAUUGGGGGUAAUCUUUUGUCAACCCUUGUUAAUACACAUGAGAAACAUAUAGGUCAAAGUACAUAAUUCUUUGUAGAAACUCUGAACUCAUUAUAUACAAGUGAAUUUGUUUAGGAUGAAAAAGAUGAUAGUUCAGUGACCUCAUUAAACAUUGUGUGCUCCUAGCACACUUGACUAUUGUCAGUGUAGAUUAGCCUGCUGCUAGACUUCACCCUUAAGAAAUAUGAAAUUUGCAGAGGGGUGAAGUUUAAUGAAUGAAGAGAAUGUGCUAGUGCCUUCAGUGAUCAGUUACCUCACAUUUUAUGUCUAAAUUUACAUGUAGGAAAAGCUCUGAUACAUUCAAUGCAGAAAAAGCUCGAGAAAGCAUUUUUAGGUACUAAUUAUAUGUCUGAAAAGUAUAUGCUAAGAUAAAUCCUAUGAAUGGAGAGACUAGGAAAGCCUUCUAUGGAAAUAAAAACCCUGUCUCAUCAGUGAUCAUAAUAGAUCACCAAUGAGCUCAUACAUCUUAACAAUAUGAUGAUCGUGGGAAAGCCUUUGCCUGGAAAUAAAACCUCAGUAAGUUGCCUGAUACGCAUGCUGCAGAAAAAUUUUCAGAUGGCAAUGAAAAUGGCAGGAUUUCAGUGAUACAUUCUGCCUCAUUGCUUUUCAUGAAUUCACACAGAAAUAAAAUGGUUAUGGACCCACUAAAUAUGGAGUAACUCUAGCAAAAUAUCAGAAUUCUGAAGGAAAGAAACCUCACGAAAAUGACAUAUACUUGAAUUUUCUAUCAGAAGUCUAAAUUUAUUAUACACCUGAUGUCCAUUUUGGGGCAGAAUACCUUGAACCAUAUCAAUGAUUCCAUAAUUUUAAAGUGGGCUAGUCUCGACACUAAUUUGUAAUGUUAUAUACAAUACAGGAGUGUUCUGUGCCCACCUUGUAUUAUUAUAUGUUUCACUCUUGCAUUUCUUAGGUUCUAAAUUCAGCUCUGUCUACAGUGUAUUUCAAAAUAAAAAGGAAUAUAUUCAUAAAUGUAAUCCAACAUAACUGGAUGUAUUUAUCUAAGUUUAAAAGUAGCAUUAGGUAGUUUACAAACACUUUAAAAAUGAUUUUUCUAAAAUUCAUUUUGAAAUAGUUUUAGACUCCCAAGUAAUUACAAAAUAUACCAAGUUCCCACAUACCCUUACUCAGUUUCUUCAGUGAUGUUAUGUUACAUAACCAUAAUACAUCAACAAACCCAAUAAAAUGGCAUUGGUGCAGUAAACUGGAUCUUAUUUGGAUUUUAGUAGGUUUUUGCAUGUACUAAUUUGAAGUUUUUUGUUUUUAGUAUAUAUUUUUAAGAAAUUUUAUCUUAUACAUAGCAUUUCUGUAAAGCCCACCACAAUUGGGAUGCAGAAUUGUGCCAACACAAAGAAACAUCUUCCUGCUACCCCUCUGUGGUCACACUCUUCCCCUACCCCUGACCAUGGUGACCACUGGUCAGACUCCAUCACUCCAACUUGGUUAUUUCAACAAUGCUGUUAAAAUGGAAUCAUACAGUGUGUAGCCUUUGAGAUAGGCUUUGUUUCACUCAGCAAAUUGCUGUUAAGAUCCAUCCAAAUUUUUUGGUGUAUAAAUAGUUUUACUUGUUAAUAGUGUUCUUUUGUAUGGCUGUACAAUGACUUACCUGUUUACUGUUGACAGAUGUCUGGGUUGUUUGCCAGUGUUUCAUUGUUUUGAAUAAAACCCUAUGAACAUUUGUGGACCCAACUUUAUGGGAAAGUAAGUAUUUGUUCCUUUGGGGUAAAUACCCAGCAGUCAUAUGUUACAUUUGUGUUUAACUUUA